UCUGUUGCAAGAUACAGUGAGCGAGUUAUAUUUUCGUACCUUAUUUGAACGUAAUUUCUUGAAAUUAAUAUUUUUAUAAAAUCCUUCCAAAUUUUAUGUAAAUAAAAUCCCCUGAAGUUUCAUUCGGCUCUCUUCCCGGCUCCGUCGCGGACACCCAAGAAACACCGCAAGAUUGCUUCGGAAACAAGAGCCCCAAUUCGAAAGGGAUUUAUCCUUUCCUUUCUUCCUUUUCCAUCCCCUUGCAAGUGCAAGACCUAGUUAAUCACUUGCACCAAAUCCAUCGUAACAGAAGAGAUUCUGCCCUCAUUCUUCAAUCUGCAUGCGGCUUUUGAAGUGCAACCCCUCUUCGCAGCUGCAACUUCAACCGUUUUCGAGGGUGUUUUAGAAACAUGGAUUCUCGGAAGGGCAAAUCUUCUUGUCGUGCAUCUUCGCUUAGUGUUGCACAUUUAAGUGUUUCAAAUAAGGUGGAUCAAAUGGUGGCGCCCCCUGGGGAUGUGGGAGUUGUUCCGACUGAUCUGGAUAUAGACCUUAGGGAGGUUUACUUUUUAAUCAUGCACUUUUUGUCUGCGGGACCAUGUAGGCGAACUUUUCUACAUUUUAAGGAAGAACUUUUAGAGCAUCAACUUCUACCCAGAAGAUAUCAUGCUUGGUUUUCAAGAAGUGGUGACCUCGGAGGGGAUGAUGCCGAAGAAGAUGACGAUGGCUUCUCUUUACCUUUAGAUUAUAGCAAUUUAGUGGGCAGGUAUCCUCAUAUAACUAAGGAUCACUUAGUAAAGCUUCUGAAACAAUUGAUGCUGAGUACGGUCCAUCCUUUGCAUGGAAAACUUGGAGGAAGUAGUCCUAAUGCAGUUGAUGUUCCUACUUUACUUGGAUAUGGUUCAUUUUCGCUUCUUGACAGUGAUAGAAAAACAGCUGACAAGCUUGUGAAGAGCCCUCCACUUUACAUGCGCUGGCCUCACAUGAAGGCUAAUCAGGUUCAAGGGCUAAGUUUAAGGGAGAUUGGAGGUGGUUUUACAAAACACCAUCGUGCUCCAUCUAUUCGUAGUGCAUGUUAUGCUAUUGCCAAACCAUCUACUAUGGUGCAAAAAAUGCAAAAUAUUAAAAAACUAAGGGGGCAUCGUGUGGCUGUCUAUUGUGCUAUAUUUGACGGAUCAGGGAGAUUUGUUAUUAGUGGUUCCGAUGACCGUCUUGUCAAGAUUUGGUCUAUGGAAACUGCAUUUUGCUUAGCUAGUUGCCGUGGACAUGAAGGUGAUAUUACUGACUUGGCUGUAAGCUCAAACAAUGCUUUGGUGGCAUCUGCUUCAAAUGAUUUUGUCAUUAGAGUUUGGCGAUUACCAGAUGGGAUGCCAAUAUCAGUUUUGCGGGGACAUACAGGAGCUGUUAAUACUAUUACUUUUAGUCCCAGUGUUGUAUACCAGCUGCUAUCGUCAUCCGACGAUGGAACUUGUAGAAUAUGGGAUGCAAGGAACUCACACAAUCCCCGAAUAUAUGUGCCUCGGCCUCCAGAUGCUAUAAAUGGGAAGAGCAAUGCUCCACCAGCUAGUUUGCCAUCCUCAAGCAAUGGUCAACAAAGCUAUCAAGUACUUUGUUGUGCAUAUAAUGCUAAUGGAACUGUUUUUGUUACUGGUAGCUCUGAUACUUUUGCCAGGGUGUGGAGUGCGAUGAAGCCCAGCACUGAUGACUCAGAACAACCAAUACAUGAGAUGGAUUUAUUAUCUGGUCACGAAAAUGAUGUUAAUUAUGUACAGUUUAGUGGUUGCUCUGUGGCUUCAAAAAUUUUAACAUCUGACCCCUGGAAAGAAGAAAAUACACUGAAGUUUCGAAAUUUCUGGUAUUGUCAUGAUAACAUAGUUACCUGCUCUCGUGAUGGAAGUGCAAUUAUAUGGGUUCCCAGAUCACGGAAAUCUCAUGGAAAAGUAGGACGUUGGACUCGUGCAUAUCAUCUAAAAGUGCCACCACCACCGCUGCCUCCCCAACCUCCACGAGGUGGUCCAAGGCAGAGAUUGCUACCUACUCCUCGUGGUGUUAAUAUGAUUAUAUGGAGUCUGGACAAUCGCUUUGUGCUUGCAGCUAUUAUGGGUAAUGUACUUGCUAAAAGAAAUACUGUAGCAGGGAAAUUUUAACCUGCAAAUUAUACA